AUGCGCACCCGUAUCUCUACGGAUUCCCAUGGUGUGUAUCAGACUCUAUGUCCUCUUGCUCUCAAGAAGCAACCAUUUCGCAGAUAUAAAGGAGAAGGAUUGACGUUAACAACCAUCCUGUCAUCGCUCAAUCACGCAGCACAAGCAAGUGAGUGGCAAGCAGCAGCCCUGCUACAGACUCCUAAGGAAGUGUGGGAUCACCGCGGCGAACUCACGGAGUAUCAGGUUUGGGUGAGUUAUCGGAUCGCCGUCAGGCAACUGAACCUGUACCACAGCGAUCGAGCACGCGACAAUAGUUGCCGCAAGCUGCUAGAUUGCCAAGGUCAGAAGGAAACGAUGGAGCACCUUUUUUGGGAAUGUCCUUGUGCUCAAGUUUGCUGGCAAAAGCUAAUUUGUCACUGGACAGGAGUACGUUGGGCUCAGGAUAAUAUUCCAGCUUUCCUGGUGCACUGCGCUAAGCGAGAAGCUCCAACCCUAUCGAAGAAAACGAAGCAAUGGCUCGCACAGGAACACCCAGACGACGUCGACGCAUUCACCAACGAGUGGAAGCGCAUAUGGCGCAUCUUGAGCAGCAUUUGUGUCACCCACCUGUCGAUACAACGAAACCGAGCAGUCUACCAGCAUGAAGUGGUGACCAUAGCUGGCAGCGUGCACGAGUUCUGGAAACCAGGGCUACGGCAGCUACGGGCACUCGCAAAGCGGGAAUGCAGGCGAGUAGACUCCAAAAUUCAAGGCACCCGUCUUCUGUUUUGCCUACGCAAAUUAGCAAGACAACCAAGCCCCGUACAACCACCGGACCGAUACAAGGCACCGGCGUUGCUAACCAGGCUUAGAUUAUACCAGACAUCUUGCAACAGAUAA